AUCUCGAACUUUCGGUAAUGUUUUCAAAAUCCUCUCUGCUCGCAGUGGUUUUAGCUUUUGGCCUGGUUACUGGCCUAAGAAUUUCCGUCAAGUUGAAUGGUUCCAAGCUGAAGCUGCCAACUAACCAGAAGAUCCUUGGUCUACAGCAGCAGACCGACAUGCUGGCUGCUCGGGAUCCUAGCAGCUCGAAGUCCUGUUUCGACUACUACAUUCCCAUUCUCAACGGUGUGGUGGACCAAUAUGAGCUGGCUUACGCCAAGUGCGAAAAGAACUUUGAGACCGCUAAAGAACUGGUGAAAGAGUCCUUUAACAGCACUCUUUAUGGCAUCCAGCAGGCUGGUGAUAGCGGCUGCAACACCUUCUUCGACUGCUCCUCCAUUGUGGACUACGUCCAGGCCUUCGAGUGCUUUGCCAAAGUGGGAGCUGAGCAAUCGAGGAUCAUGUACCAAGUAUCGGCAAAUGCCACCGAAGCCGCCACCAACAUCAGCAUCCACUUCCAGACUUUGGAAACCCAGAAGGAAAGCUGCCAGAAUUUGGCAGAAAGGGACUACGUGGAGGGCACUGCUGACGCCUAUGUUAAUCUGAACUCUUGCCUUUAUGGAGGCUCUCUUCCAGAAGAUGGAACCACCAUCUACUACUGAGAAAUAUAAUAUUUUUGACAAUAAAAUAUAAUAAAUUGAGCCAGAAGAUUA